AGUGUGGCCUUUAUCCUUCAAUUUUUCCACCUUUAUUUUUUAUUUUUAGAAAUUUUUUUAAUGUUUAUUUAUUUAUUUAGAGAGAAUGUUAGUGGGGGAUGGGCAGAGCGAGAGAGAGAGAGAACUCCAAGUAGGUUCUUUGCUGUCAGUGCAGAGCUCAAUGCAGGGCUUUAUCCCAUGAACCAUGAGAUCAUGACCUGAGCUGAAAUCUACAGUCAGAUACUUAACCAAAUGACCCACCCAGGUGCCCCUGUUUCUGCCUUUUCUAAAUGAUGGUCCAGGUCAUUGACAAUGGCCUUAUGAAUGGUUAGGAGUGAUUAAGGGUUUUUAAAGAAUUUUUUGAGAACUAGAGACAGGGUAGGAAUGAACUCCAAUACCUAUAAGCCUAGAUCGAUUUCUCUUGGUAACUCCUGAUUAAAAUGUUUCUAGUGUCUGCUCUAAGUUUGUUAAUUUAUUUGAUGGAACUAGUACAGAUUCCAAUGGGCAGGAUAGGGACUGAUAUAUUUUGGGAUGUACCCAGUGUCUGUUGACAAACUUCUGACUUUCUGAAUGUUUGUUUAGAAGAAGAGCAUUGGAGUAGUAGGUUCAGAGCCCCAGACUGAGAAAAAAGGGGAAUGGAUCUUAAACAUGGCAGAAAUUAAAGACAAAAGGAAAUUUGUUUAUUGGAGAUAUUCGUAUGAUAGAGCAUUUCUCUCAUGCUGUAACUGCAGUAGUUUUACUUCAUAUUUGAGUUCCCUGCAUCUGAGCAUGUGAGUGGGCUGAUGAAAGGACCAACAUACGUCUUUCCACACGGAGGAGCAGCGUAAUCAACGGAAGAUUCUAUAUCCUGAAGCUUCCCUGGAACCUCCCCUUCAGAGAACCUCUGGCUAAUUGUAGAUGGACUGGAUGAAGCGGGAGUGAGGAUCUUCUAGUCCUUUUCCAUAGUGAUUCCCAGCCCUACAGAGGAAUAUCCUACAACAGGCAUUCUUCUUGGUCUCCAAAAGCCUCAACUAUGUGGAUGUUUUCUUGGCUGUGUGCCAUUUUAAUUAUUUUGGCUUUUGCUGGUAUGGACACAGUAGCAAAGACCACACCGCAUCCCAAAUUUACGAAGAAAUCUGAGGGAAAAGAGAUGCCGAAGGGUCUAAAGCCGUCCAGUGGCCCACCUCCAGAAGAAGAGGAAAUUCCUUUCACAGAAGUGGCUGAAGUGGUGGAACCGACCCCCAACCCCCCAGCCCUAGAUUCUGCCUUCGGUACUGCCACUCUCUUCCCCUUUGAAAACUUCACUCUUGACACGGCUGAUUUUUUUCUGAAUUGCUGUGAUUGUUGUUCAUCUGUCCCAGGGCAAAAAGGAGAACCUGGAGAGACUGGAAAGCCAGGUCUUAAGGGAGAGGCUGGUGGAAUGGGGAUCCCAGGGCCACCAGGAAUUGUUGGACCCCCAGGUCCAAAAGGCCAGAAAGGAGAGAAGGGAUUUAAGGGGGAACGUGGGGACCAAGGAACAAGUGGAGCCCCAGGAUACCCGGGAAAACCCGGAGAACCAGGUGGCCUUGGUCCUAAGGGGGAGAGAGGAAACAUCGGACUGACCGGAGUGAAGGGGCAAAAAGGCUCCAAAGGGGACACGUGUGCAAAUGGUACCCAAGGAGAUAAAGGAGACCAGGGGGCUGCGGGCUCACCUGGCUUGAAUGGAGAGCCUGGGGCCAAGGGAGAGAAAGGGGAGAUGGGGGAAAAGGGCUGCUGUGGGGAGUCUGGGCAGAGGGGAGGGAAGGGAGAAAAAGGUGAGGAGGGUCUGAAAGGGGAAAAAGGUAGCAAAGGAGAUACUGGAACGGAAGGCAAAGGCGGCCCAGAUGGCCUGCCUGGGGCCCCAGGGGAUCCAGGAGUUAAAGGAGAAAAGGGAGAGUUAGGUCCUCCUGGUGUUGCGGGGCCUGUGGGGCCAAAAGGUGAGGUUGGGAGCAAAGGGGUCCGGGGAUCUAUUGGCAAGAAGGGCUCUCGGGGCUUCAAAGGCUCCAAGGGGGAGGUGGCCAGAGUGCUGCGGUCAGCCUUCAGCGCCACUUUAUCGAAGCCUUUCCCUCCUCCCAACAUCCCAAUCAAAUUUGACAAGGUUCUCUAUAAUGACCAAGGGAAUUACAGCCCUGUCACUGGCAAAUUUAACUGUAGUGUUCCUGGCGCAUAUGUAUUUUCCUACCAUGUCACUGUGAGGGGCAGACCCGCUCGCAUCAGCCUGGUGGCCCAGAAUAAGAAGCAGUUCAAGUCCAGAGAAACGCUCUAUGGCCAUGAAAUAGACCAGGCCUCUCUUCUUAUCAUCCUGAAAUUAAGUGCAGGGGACCAAGUCUGGUUGGAAGUUUCGAAAGAUUGGAAUGGGGUCUAUGUCAGCCCUGAGGAUGAUAGCAUUUUUACUGGGUUCCUUUUGUACCCAGAGGAAAAUUCUGGAAUUUCACCAUAAGCUGUGUUUUGAACACUGUAGUUUGGGUUCAGUGGAAUAAGUCAGGCAACACAGGUAGUGUUAGUAAAAAGAACAACUUUCAUUAUGUUUUUCAUGAGUAUAAAAAUAAUACAGAAAAAAUAAGAAAAAUAUUGUAUAACCUAAAGUCAAUUACUCUGCCUAUUUUAAGACAUCACUUUUAAAAAAUAUAUUUAUAUGUAUUGGAAACAUGUGUCUAUUAAUUUUGUAGUUAGCUUUUUUCAUUUAGCAUUAUAAUGCCAUUUCCCAUGCCAUUUAAAUAAUAUCUGCAUAUAAAAUAUGAUUGACAUCUGUAAUUAAUAAAUAUAUUCUUACCAAAU